AUGGUAACAAUGGAGUCCCGCAUGGGAUCCCUCCCGCAGCCGUACACGUCACUACCCGCCUCGCCGACGUUGACGAAUCCCGAUAUGAUUCUGCCAGAUUACCCUGACUACGAUCGUUCGGCAUCGCCUAAUCUUGAUGGGGACAGGCACUCCCAGCUGAUGUGGAAGAACUCGCACAAUUCUUCCAACUCCGAUCUUCAGCAGCUCUUUUCUGGCGUCCACGCUUUUACCAACGCACCCACUACUCCCACUACUCCCAUCAUCUAUGGAAAUGGCACAAUGCUCUCGGAUAUUGGCGAGGUCACAGAGGUUGAAAGCACUCCAGGCAAACCGUCUCCCAACUCGAUUCGACGUAGAGGUGGUGGCGCAAUGGUCGCCUCGCCGUCGUCCUCUCGGUCGGCGUCGCCCUCCCCAUUGCCUCAGCACAUCCGUCGCCAAUUCGAUAGAGAGGGUUCUACCGAAACACCCCGCGCAUCUUCGCCGACUGCCGGUUUCGACGACGCGGGCGACAGCAGCACAGGCACGGUCCACAAUGUGGGCGGCGGCGUUGGUGGCGUCAAGCAACGUGCCAGACUGCAACAGCAGAAACUACAACAGCAGCAGCAAUCGACCCAGGAUUGCAUCCGUCGCGACUCCAUAGAUAGCAACAGCACAAUCACCACACAAGACCAGGCUGGGCUGUUUGCUGAUUUCGACGAUGCCAUCAGCGUCGAUGACAGCGUCUUCCAGGGCGAUGAUGAAGAGAGUGUGGCGGAAUUCUAUACCGACGAGUCAUUCUCGCCCCGGGAAGUGCAUGGCGUUGCCAGCAUUACUCCGUCGUCGCUGCUUGCAGUUCCCAGCCAAAGCAGUGGUCCAGGCAGCACCCGCACGAGCGAUGAAGACGACCGUCGCCACUCCACCGCAUCACUCAGUCGGCGUGCCGAAGAGAUCCUUGCCAAUGCGAAGCGGCGACUGACGACUAUGGAAGACAAUCUGACUCGCGCUCGGAGCACCUUGCACGCCACGGCGCCUUCUUUGGGCUCAGUUCCGUCUGAUGGUUCUACACCCUCCCCGAGAACCCCAGAGCGUUCCGCUACCGCCUUUGCCGAUAACCGCCCAUACGAUGCCACCUACAUAUCCAGACAUGCCCGCUUGGGCAGUGAAGGAUACACACCAUUUGACAAUAGCAAUGCACAAAACGCCCUUAUUCAAAAAAGAUCUGCGAGCGCUCUCGGUGCUGCCGGUGGGUACCGCCCACCCAGGUCCGGUGCCGCUCAAAGUAUCGCGCAGCUGCGAGACAGCCUCGACAACGACUACGCCCGGGAAGGCUACGUCAAGGCGAAGGAAACGCCAUUAGAACCGCUUGGUGAAUAUGAGGAUAUCGAGGAUGCCGGCAACCAGCCCCAACAGAGCCGAAAUAGCGCGCAGCUCGAAUCGUUCCUCAGCCCCACGUUUGGCACGUUUAAUGGCAGCGGCAGCAAAGGGUUGACGCGGUCUUCGUCCGUCACGCAGAUGCGUGACCUCAAGCACCAGAUGAAAGACCUUAGGGGUAAAAUUUCAUCACUGCGUGAGCAAGCACGAGUCGAUAGCAUGAAGCGGAGGAGCUUACAGAGCUUACGGAACCCUAGUCCGUUUACAUAUGCUCGAAUAGAUCAAUGGUAUGCGGAUGCACAACCGAAUCAGGAAUCCGUCUCAGAAGAGAAUGGCAGUUCCGAGCAUCCUACCCGGGAUGGUUAUGUGUCCAAUGGGAACGAAGAUGGUGGAAUGUACCGAGACACUGUCACGCCAACCGCCCAAAUAUAUGGUGAUACGGCUGUGGCUGAGACAACUACCAGCCACUCGGGCAGCGCAAGAAGCAAUAAAGACACGGGCGAUGAGAUAGUCGCCGGUGCAUACAGUGAUGCAGACGACCACACGACGAAGCUCAGCCGCCCGCACACCCCAAAACACCACGCCACGAAUUUGCCCCAGAUGGAAGACACUACUGGGGACUCUCUGGAGAGCGACGCUUUUGUUGACGCUCACGACGCUGAUGACAUGCGAACCGAGGAUGGUUGGGACGAAGACGACGUGGCAACACCUACGGCUAAAACUGACGAAAACAGCCGUCUCCGAGGACGGCGAACGCCGGACGACGAUGAGGUAUCAGUAGCAGAAUCCCAGGAUGUCGGGUACGAGAGUGAAGGCGGCGAAUCGCUGUACCAUGACACAGUCCAGCACCAAAUCUCGCACGAGGACCGGGAGGAUGCUUUUGACUACGAGCACUUCAUCCUGCACAGCGCCCUCGGCACCAUCAGCCAGCAAAGGCUGAAUCGUAGCUCGCGCGGCAAUAGCUUUAGCUCGGAAGACUCGGUCGAAACCACACGCGGCCCAGUCGUCGCGACUACGGAUAAUUUUUAUUCGAAUCUCAACCGACGAGGCAGCAUGAGCUCAUUCGAGUCGUUCGCCACGGCUACUGAAGGGCGAUCGAGCCGUGCGAAGCAGGAGCUCUACGACGAUGAAACUGAAGAGUCUUCUGAUGCCGAGUCUCAGUAUUACGAAGGAGAAGGAGGAAGGGAAGGGAAAUGGGCUGUGCUGACGGCAAAGCCUUCGAUCUCAGACUUUCCUGUUGUUCCUUCUUCCACCGCAGCGGCCGCCGCAUUCAGGGUCCCUGUUAUUGCCGAGAGGAAAAGUGCGGAAGAGCCGCGACAGAUGCAGCGGCCUGUCGUGCCGUCGCAGCCUGCCACGGGGCAGCGGCCGUCCAGCAGUGCGGCUAAAGCUGGACACCGGCCGUCGGUGUCAUCGUUUGAGUCGACGGGAACGACGCGCAGCUUUCCACUAGUGGGCCAGGGGCGACUGAUUGGCAGCAGCGGAAGCAGUGGCAGCAAUGGCAGCAAUGGCAGCAAUAGCAGAUCGGCCUCGGCAGCUGGCGAUGUCCGGGGUGCGACCCCGUCAAGUCGCACAUCGUCAGACAACGAAGAGCUCAAGAGUCUAUCCAGAACGAUUCUCAACGAAACGGCAAGCAUUUACGAGCAGGCAACGCUGGUAAUGCCUCGCCACAGGCGACCGAGGAGUCUUGACAGUCAAACGAGUGAGUCGAACACGGAGCUGCGGGACCGCGCGAGCAACAACAACAGCAGAAGUGGCGCUGUGAGUCAGAUGGACCAAUCUGAAGCGCUAAACGCGCUGGACAAGGAGGACCAGUACAUGGUACAGCGGCUGGUGGGUAGCUUGGGCCAGUGUGUCCUGGGGCUGACCGAACACGGCCGCGCCAGCGUGGAAAGCCGGAUAUGUCGACGCCGAAUUGAAGCGGCACGUCGCAUUCUUGAGGGACUAGACCCCGUGUAG